UUGCAUCAUGGAGAUAUCGGGACCGAAAUAGAUUCUUAUCGGGCUAAAACUGCGUUAAAUAAUAUUGUGGGUCAUCCAAGGCCACUCAACCGAUUAUUGACCAACGGGCCGUUCAAAAACCUGAACUUUAGUUCCCUGAACCUAGCGUCGAGCGUCAGGACUCCUGCCGAAAUGAAGCACCUGCUCCCAGCCCUGCUCAUCCUCACUGCCUCCGUGCGGAGCGCCCCCAGCAAAGACAAAACCUCGCAGCCCCAAACCGUCUACGACCAGAAACAAACCGGCGACUACAACAUCCAACUGCACCUAAAAGACUUCCAAGUCAUCGCUCUGCUGGGGGACGAAGCCUUUGGUGAUUAUGACUACAAUUACGACUACUCGGACUUCACCAUCAAACCCCCGACCAAUAUCACACUAAAACCACCACCGCCCCCCGAAAACGCCACCACAGCCAAGCCGCUUAAACCUGAACCAUCACCAACAAGUAGCGAAAAACCGGAAUCAAGCACCGCAAAGUCAGAAAACAGCACCGACUCGGUCCCAGUCAGCACAAGCUCGCCCGACAAAAUUAAGGUGCAAAUAAUAAACGAAUCGAACCCGAUUGUGCCAGUCGACGAUAUGGGGGCCGGAACGGCCCCAACUCUUGGAGAAGUCCUCCACUAUCGUAAAUGCGCAAGUGGCUAUGCCAGGGAUAAGAGAGGGAGAUGUAGAAGAGUCAGGAAGCCGGGGAACCGCCAUCAAUUAGAUAUCGGUAGAUUGGCUACCAAUUUAGCGGCGAGGUUUCGAGCGGCGUCAGAAGACGAGGUGAGACAGUCAAGCGAGGCAUGAUCUGGUGCUGUACAAAUUUUAGGAAUUGCUCAAUACUGACUUAAAUUUAGUGUUUUUAUACGUGCUUGUCAUAAUUUUUAGAAAUAAAGUAUUUUUAGUAUAGAA